AUGAACUUGGCCAAAAGGGCCGCGGCUGCUAAGGCGGCACGGGAAGCCUCUAUCUCGACUCACUCUGAGGUUCCCACUAAUCUAAAGAGUGAUGAGGCGCGCCCUACUGAAGGGUUUUUGGAAAUCGGUUUGCAGUUGCUGUCAGUGCAGGCCAAUCUGAAUCUAAUUCCUUCUCCAUGUCUGCCAAGCCAGAAGAGAGAAAAAGUAAGCGGGGUGCUUUCUCCCACCAAUGUGAUCCCCAUUACGGAUGGACAAAUCUGUUCGGAAACAGAGCUCUUUUAUCGCGGAAUUAGACCUGCUAUUAACGUCGGCUUAUCUGUCAGUCGCGUCGGGUCUGCCGCUCAGUUGAAAGCUAUGAAACAAGUCUGCGGUAGUUCAAAACUGGAAUUGGCACAAUAUCGCGAAGUGGCCGCCCUUGCUCAAUUUGGGUCAGACCUUGAUGCUGCGACUCAGGCAUUACUCAAUAGAGGUGCAAGGCUUACAGAAGUCUCGAAACAACCACAAUAUGCACCACUUCCAAUUGAAAAACAAAUUCUAGUCAUUUAUGCAGCUGUCAAUGGAUUCUGUGAUCGAAUGCCACUAGACAGAAUUUCUCAAUAUGAGAGAGCCAUUCCAAGUAGUAUAAAACCAGAAUUUCUACAAUCCCUUUUAGAAAAGGGUGGGUUAACUAACGAAAGAAAGAUGGAACCAGAUGCAUUCUUAAAAGAAAGCGCUUUGCCUUACACAUUUAUCUCACUUGUAACUACCUGA